CCGACAUUUUCCUCUGUUGUAUCGACAUUCGCAGAGGAAAGCGGUGAAAUUCAAAAUAAAAAAGUUGUUUGAAACAAGCACUAUCGAAAAAGUUGUAAAAAAUAAAUGAACAAAUACAAGUGCUAUAACUUUAUUGUAAAAUCUACUGUAAACCAUCUGUGACAUGACAAUUUGACAUUGAAACUCAUUACCGUCAAUUGCAGGUUAGGUAUCGAGUGUUUGCCCUCAAUUCGACUGAAUUCAGAUGUAGCCCUCAUCCAAAAAUAGUGAAUUCGAGUGAGGAAAAAAUAAUCGGCCAGAUCAAUCACUUAAAAAAUAAUAAAGUGGAAAUAUCGAACAAUGUCGACACGACGAGAUAAACGUGCAUCUCAGAAUGCACCAAAAAAAUUGGAGAAAACGAGAGAUAAGAAAUUGUGGGGAAGAUUGGAAAAAAUUUUUCAGUUAUUCGUCGAUCCAAAGCUACUGACAUUUUUGGCCGUGUUCUUCGUUCAUAUUGAGAUUAUCAUGAAUCUUCUUAUCAUCCACAAUGUAAAAUAUACGGAGAUUGAUUGGAGGGCGUAUAUGCAGGAAGUGGAGGGAUUUUUGAAUGGAACACUGGAUUAUGGAAAAUUGAGGGGUGACACAGGACCAUUGGUGUAUCCCGCUGGAUUUGUUUAUAUUUACUCUUUAUUUUACUACAUGACAUCCAAUGGAAUUGAUGUCAGAACGGGUCAAUAUAUUUUUGCCUUACUUUACAUAGUUUUAUUAGUAUUAGUCUUCCGAAUUUAUGCGAGGACCAAAAAAGUUCCACCCUAUGUUUUAAUAUUAAUAUUCUGUACAUCUUACCGAGUGCAUUCAAUUUUUGUAUUGAGACUAUUCAAUGAUUCUGUUGCCAUGAUAUUUUUAUUCGCUAGUUUGAAUGCAUUUCUGGAUGACAAAUGGUAUUGGGGAAGUGUUCUGUACAGUUUGGCAGUCUCUGUUAAAAUGAAUAUAUUAUUAUUUUCACCUGCGUUAUUGAUAUUUUAUGUAUGCAAUUUGGGAUUUGUCAGGACAAUUUUUCAUCUCGCCAUUUGUGCAACUAUUCAAAUUAUUCUUGGUCUUCCGUUUUUGAUAAAUAAUCCGUACACAUACAUUUGUGGUGCUUUUAAUUUUGGACGCGUAUUUGAGUACAAGUGGACCGUCAAUUGGCGAAUUAUACCACAGGAUUUGUUUCUAAAUCCUGUUUUUCAUAUUACACUGUUGUUCUUGCAUUUGGCUGCUAUCGCUUAUUUCAUUCCUACGUGGAAAACGUACAUGAGAUGUUACGCUAAACUGAAAUUAUACGGAAGAGAAUUGAAGUUACAAAUGAAGAAAGAGACUGAAAUUGAGACUGUCGAUAUGUCUACUGUAAGUCAAUUAUUUAUCGCGCCUCUCUUCGUUGCUAAUUUCCUCGGAGUGAUGUUCAGUAGAUCCUUGCAUUAUCAAUUUUAUGUGUGGUACUAUCAUACCCUACCGUACAUUGCCUGGUGUACACAUUAUUCAGUUGUCACUAGGAUUGCAAUUUUGGUUGUCCUGGAAUUAUGUUGGAAUGUAUAUCCCAGUACUGUUUGGAGCAGUGCUGCUCUUCAUGGUUGUCAUUUGAUGCUAUUGUAUGGAUUGCAUAAAAACCGAGUGAGGUAUGAUAAAUUUGAUAAGAUGAUUAAACAAUAAAACAUGUUAAAUAAAAUGUUAACUUCCAGCUUAUCUGUAAGAAAUUGCAUUAAUAAUAAAAAAACAAAGAAUUUAGAGAAAUAUAUUAGUUUUAUUCAUCAAUGUCAUUUGAGUUCAUAUCUGUAGAAAAAUGUCUAUGUAAUAAUUUCAGAACAUCCACCAGGGAAUAAAAUUCAGAUAAACAACAUCGAGGCUGAUUAUCAAAUCGCAAUUACAGUCAAUACUUUAUAAUUCAACCAUCAUUAAUAUUAUAACAUAAAUAAUAUUUGCAGUGACAACAGGGAAAAACCCCUCAGUAUAUUCUCUGCACGGAGUCUCAUAAAUGUAAUAUUCGAUUCU